AUGGCAGACAGACGAGAACCCACGGCUUCCGAAGCCAUGUUCUUCUUUGCCAUCGUCAAGCAUACCCGCAAUAAGGCGGAUAUUGACUGGGAUGCCGUUGCUCAAGAGCAAGGUUUCAAGAAUGCCGAGGUCGCCAAGGUGCGUUUUGGACAAGUCAAGCGCAAGCUCGGUAUCAACACUGAGACAGCUACUACUCCAAAGAAGGCCAGCGCUACUUCUACCACCUCGACUCCAAGCAAGGUCCGCAAGACCCCAACCAGCCGCGGCAAAGGAAAAGGCAAGGGCCGCGGUGGAGUCAAGAAGGAAGAAGAGAUCGGAGCUGGUGCUGAAGCCGGCGCAGAUGCUGGAGAUGACAUCAAUCCUUUUUCGUCUCCCAUCAAAGGAGAAGUUGGUGGCAUCGACCUCAAGGCGGAAGAUCGGGAAGAUCCUUUCUAG